AUGCUGUUCACUUUUGAUCGUUUCAUUGACGAUCUGCGUCUUGAGCCCCCGUCAGAACCCCCGCCGGAAGUUGUGAAAUUUUUGGGAGAGGCUGAUUUGCCACCCCCGGACUCCCUGCUGGGAACGAGAAUAUCUCUAAAUACCUCGGCAACCGUCGGCCAAUACCUCCAUAUUCUGGGGAAUACCACCAAAAAUGCGACGUCCUUUUGCGUGAGGCUAGCUGAAGAUUAUGACGAUGACGAGAAUAUUGCUUGCAACGUUUGUGCGUAUUUUGGAGCAGACCCGAGAAUCGAGUACGGGGCAUAUCGAGAUGGGAAGCGCCUGUUUAGCGGCAAGGGUUUUAACCCGUUUACGUCAGGCGAACAGUUUGACCUCCGCGUCCGCUUCCUCCAAGAAUACGUCCAAAUUUUUGCGCAACGUGGAGAAAUCGGCAUUUUUGGCAAGCUGCCUGAGGUGCAUGAGGCAAAAAGUCUAAAAGUGAUUGGCGAUGUCACAAAUCUGCUGCUGAUGCAAGUUGAGGGCGGCAGUUAUACGACGCCUUUCUAUCAGCGAAUCAAUUUCGAUUCCGGGCUGCGAAUCGAUAUGGUGUUGAAGCCGGUGCCGGAAGUGGACCCCUCCCUCUGGAAAUCACUCAUCGAAGGCCAACCAAUCGAAAAUUCCACAUCCAUCCGUUUAUGGGCGCAGUACUAUGGGUGUAUACUUGUAUUCGCCGGUACAUGGAGGAUACUACCACCCGUCACCAAGUCACUCCGUCACAAGCCCCACGGCUCACUUUUACUCGCCGGCCUCAUAUUCCUACCUGCUGGUCACGGCCUAAACCCUGAUCCAAAUAACGUUGUCGACCCGAAGCUGAUCCCGAAACCAAAACGAAUCGAAAUCAUGUUCUAUUCGUAUGGCCCGGACCUAAAGACCGGCGAUUGGGGCUUGACGCCGAAUUUCCGGAUAUCAUUUCAAUUCGACAAGAACGUGACGGUCCUUGAUUAUCCAACCGAAUUCUUCGGGUCGCUGGGUGAGGAGCGCGCCGAUUUUGUGCCGAUGGACGAUUGGAGACUGUUUGAUUUGGUGAUAAGAUGCGUCAACGGCCGACUCCGCAUCUAUGUCAACAAUUAUGAAUUUGCCAAUUAUGAGCUCGGCCGGUCGAUCGAGGGCACCGAUCAUAUUGGAGUCACCGGCGAUGUGGAGGUUCUCGGCUUCACGGGCAACACCUUGCCAGACCCAGACCCGCUUCUCGGAACGAGAAUUUCCCUAAAUAACUCGGCAACCGUCGGACAGUACCUGCAUACCCUGGGGAAUACCACCGAAAAUGCGACAUCAUUUUGCGUGACACUGUCCGAGGACUUUGACAAUGAAGAAAAUUAUGCUUGCGAAGUAUGCGCUUAUUUUGGAGCCGAACCGAAAAUCGAGUACGCCGCAUAUAAUUAUGGGAAGCGAAUUUUUAAAGGAACGGGUUUGAAUCCGUUUACGCCAGGCGAACAAUUUGACCUCCGCAUCCGCUUCCUCCAAGACUACGUACAAAUUUUCGCAGAACGAGGAGAAAUCGGCAUCUUUGGAAAGCUACAAGAGGUACAUGAGGCAAAAAGUCUAAAAAUCAUUGGCGACGUCACAAAUCUGUUGCUGAUGCAAGUAGAGGGUGGCAGCUACACGAUGCCGUUUUACCAGCCGAUAAAGCCUAAAGUUGGAUUGCGAUUGGAUAUGGUGUUGAAGCCCGUGCCGGAAAUGGACCCCUCGCUAUGGGAAGCGCUGAUCGAAGGUCAACCUCUUGAAAACGCGACGAACAGCUCGAUUCGCGUGAAGCGCAAAGGCGACCCGAAGCUGAUCCCGAAACCCAAGCGAAUCGAAAUCACCCUCUACUCCUUCGGUCCGGACCCCGAGAAGGACUACCAUUGGGGCCUGGCGCGAACGUUCCGGCUCUCGUUUCAAUUCGACAAAAACAUGACGGCAAUGAAUCGGUAUUCCCCGCUGAGGAUCUUCAAUGACGUGAAGCAAGCCGAUUUUGUGCCCAUGGAUGAUUGGAGACUGUUCGAUUUAUCGAUUCAAGCGGCAUCCGACCGGCUUCGCAUCUACGUCAACAAUUAUGAAUUUGCCAACUAUGAAUUGGACGCGGUUCGUGCAGGGAUCGAUCAUAUUGGAAUCAACGGGGAUGUUGAGGUGCUCGGGUUCGAGGGGAACAGUCUAAACGGCCCGCCGGGCAUCUUGGACCCGAUGGCUGUCUUAUACCGUCUUGCCAAUAAU